AUGCCGCCAGAUCCCCCGCGGGACGGAGCCAACGGCCGUCUGUCGACUUCGUCGUCGCCGUCGCUUUCGCCGUCGCCGUCGUCCGUCGACAUCGCCGCCGCUCCCCGAGCCUCUGGGGGCCGCGAAAACAGCGGCGGGACUGCCCCCGAGUCGUCUGCGUCCGCGCCGUCGCUCGUCAAGACGCCGUCGCCAUGUGCUCCUCCGCGCCCGAGCCUGCUGUCGCGAUUGAGCCUGCCCUUGCAGCUGCCCUUGCCCCUCCGCACCAGAAACCGCAACGUCGUCGACUUCCACAUCCGCUGUGACGAGCCGCACAAGACGUAUGCCGCCGGCGAUUCCGUUCGCGGCGCCGUGGUUCUCGUCGUCGUCAAGCCUUUGCGCAUCACCCACCUCGUCGUCUCGCUGCACGGCUUCGUCCGAGUCCUCAAGGACCCCACGUCCGUGGCCAAGGCGCAGAGCGUCACCACGCUGCCGCCGGCUGGAAGCUCGCGGCGCCCGCAAUAUCAGGGCAACGGAUUGAUCAGUCUGUUUCAAGACGAGCAGGUUCUCAGCGGCGAGGGCAGGGUAGAGCCGGGCAAAUAUGAGUUUGGCUUCGAUUUGAAGUUUCCAGACAAGGGACUGCCUAGUAGCAUUGACUUUGAACGGGGAACCAUUUCAUACUCCAUUACUGCCACGUUAACGAGGCCCACAACCAUCGCGCCUACAUCAACCUGCGAGAGAAAGAUUACUCUUAUUCAGCAAAUAGACGUCGGAUUGCUUGCACCACCACGAUCGAGAACCAUUUUCCUAGAGCCCAUCUCUAAACGGACGCGAAGAAAAAGGCCUGCCGUUCAGGAAAAGCAAUCCGGGUCCGCUUCCGUCGAAAUCAACGAUGUUGCUUCCGAAGCCGACUCUUCCGUCGUCACCGAGGAUUCUACCCGUGCCGACAACGCUCAUAGCUCGCCCAUCGAGACCCGUGGAGGAUCUGUCCCGAGCGAUAUGCAUAGCGAGAUCAGCGGGGAGAGUGGCCGUAGCGUCAGCACAGCUAGUAGGGCCGAGUUCACGCAGCUAUCACACGUGGGCUCGACGCUUACGUCUGCCGCCAAACAACAGGUCGUGGAUGACAAGACCAUUACAACGACGGUUGAGCUGCUCAAGGGUGGUUGCCUCCCGGGUGAUACCGUCUCUGUGAGGGUCACGGUGCAACACAUCAAGAGGGUCAAGAGCAUGACAGGUGUCAUUGCCACUUUGUUUCGGCAGGGAAGGAUCGAUACAAACCCGCCACCGUUAUUAGUCGCCCAAGGCGUCCACUUGGCCAGGAGGCUUCAUAAAGAUGACCCAUAUCCAAAGUCACGAACCGGGCUGGGUGGGCUGUCGCUGUCGUCAAGCAGCUCCACGAGCGUCUUUCGCAAGGACUUGGACCAGAAUGCCGCACCGCUCAUCAUCGACCCCGAAACGCUGCAGGCUUCUGUCACGGUCUCUGUGAGGGUCCCUGACGACGCUUUCCCAACAAUCAGGGCCGUCCCAGGUGACAUGAUAAGCUUCAAAUAUCAAGUGGAGGUGAUUGUUGACCUCGGGGGCAGACUGUCCAGUCAGCUAGGCGCUGGUGGUUCGAAAUCAAGAUUUGGCACGUCAAGUGGCAACAACACAGAGUCGAACCAAGCCUCGUUCGGCCCUCAGAGAGGCUCCAACAUUGCAGACACAUCGCAGGUCAGACGGGAGAGGGGCAUCAUAUCAUUGUCGUUUGAGACCGUGGUGGGGACUACUGACAGCUCGAAAGCGCGGCCAGCUACGAAGCCAGUCGCCAAAACAAGGACCAUUCGAAUUGCCGAGGCUGACGAGGACCAAUCUAUACAACCCGAGACCUCAUGCCACAUUAACCCGCAGCACCCGCUCAGCUCAAUACUUGCCAAUGGACAACCACACCUGUCAUCGCCCAAUACCCGACUCGACUACACUAGCCCUCCUCGACAUCCUGCCCAUGUCCAGCAGCAAUCCCGGGCGGCCGCGGCAGGGUCAUCACGAGACAUCCAAGUAAACGGCCACAACCCACUGGCCGCUCCGUCGUAUAUCCCGCCACCCCAGAUACCUGACCAGACCAGCAUGACGGAGAAGGAUAGAAUACGACAAGCCGAAACGAGAUUACUACCGAGUCAACCACCAGCAGUCCCGUCGGCACCGGGCGAAGACGACGAUAUUUACGAUGCAGAAGACACGCCUCGUGCGCCGUCCUCUGGUCCUUUAGUUCCAACCGCGGAUGAAGCCGAAGCAGCUCCCUCGGCGCCCACAGAGGACGAAGUAACCGCGGGCCAACCAAGGGAAGACAAGCAAGAACUAGAGCGUCAAAGACUGAUGGAGGAAGCCAGCGCGCCGCCAGAAUUCCCCGACGACAUGGAGCGACCGGGGGGCAGCUCAUCGGCAGACACUGCUGCCAACGAGGCCACAGCCCCUGACCUCGGUGAUGCAGAUGAAUAUCCUGGAUAUGGUGUCGGCGGCGGUUCUCCCCGGGAUGGCGGCGGUUCCCACGCGGAACAACUACCAGCGUACCGCAGAUGA